AUGCUCGCGAUCACUAGCUCCCGCCGUCUGUAUCUCCCCCUCGCAUUCACGCUCUCCCUCGGUCCCAUUCUCUCUCUGUCGCAUUCGCGCUCCCUCGUGGUCCCGUUCUCCCUCUCCCUCGCAUUCACUCUCUCCGUCUAUGUUGCGCUCUCUCUCGUUCGCAUUCGAUCUAUCCGUCUCUCUUGCUCUCUUCCUCUUUCGCAAUCUCCCUCUCCGGCGCACCCGUGCUCUCUCUCGGCGCAUUCGCUCUCUCCGUCUCUACCGUGUGCUACCCCGUUCGCAAUCGCCACCUCAGACUCUCCCGUGUACUCCCCCGGUCGCAUGCGCGCGCUUCGUCGCUCCCUCGCUACCGUGCUCACCCCCGGUCGCAUUAGCGCGCUCUGUCCAUCCCGUGAUCUCUCUCUUACGCGUUUGCGCGCUCCGUCCCUCCCGUCCGCUCUCCGUUUUGCAUUCUUACGAUCUGUCAACCUCUUUCGCUAUCCGUUUCGUAUUUCCGCGCUCCGUCCCUCCCGUCCGCCCUCCCUAUCGCAUUCACGCGCUCCGUCCCUCCCGUCCGCAUACGCCGGUCGCCUUCACGCACUACGCCACUCCCGUCCGCUCUAUCACGAUCGCAUUCUCUCUCUCCGUCGCUCCCGUGCGUUCCCACGGUCGCAUUCACACGCUCCGUCCGUCCGUUGCUCUGCCACCGUCGCAUUCUCGCGCACCGUCCCUCCCGUGCGUUCCCACGGUCGCAUUCUCUCUCUCCGUCCCUCCCGUGCGUUCCCACGGUCGCAUUCUCUCCCUCCCGUCCGCUCUACCUCUCGCAUCCGCUCUCUCCGUCCAUUCCGUGCGCUCUACCUUUCCGCAUUCGCGCGCUCCGUCCCUCCCGUCCGCUCUACCUCUCGCAUUCGGUCUCUCCGUCUCUCCGUGCGCUCUACCUUCCGCAUUCGCGCGCUCCGUCCCUCCCGUCCGCUCUACCUCUCGCAUUCGGUCUCUCCGUCUCUCCGUGCGCUCUACCUUUCCGCAUUCGCGCGCUCCGUCCCUCCCGUCCGCUCUACCUCUCGCAUUCGCUCUCUCCGUCCAUUCCGUGUGCUCUCCCUUCCGCAAUCGCGCGCUCCGUCCCUCCCGUCCGCUCUCCCUUACGUUCGUUAUCUCCGUCCCUCCCGUGCGCUGUCCGUACCUCAUUCGCUCGCUCCUUCCCUCCCGUCCGCUCUCCCACCGUCGCAUUCUCUCUCGCCGUCGCUCCCGUGCUCUCUCACCGUCGCAUUCACCGACGAAUUCGCUCUCUCUUUCUCUCUCUCUGUCCCUCCCUCGCUCUCACACCGUCCAAUUCUCUCUCUCUGUCCCUCCCUCGCUCUCACACCGUCCAAUUCUCUCUCUCCGUCCCUCCCUCGCUCUCCCACCGUAGCAUUCUCUCUCUCCGUCUCUCCCUCCCUCACACUGCCCCCUCUCUCCCUCCCUCACACUGCCCCCUCUCUCGUCGCUCCCCGAGUCCUCUCCUCUUCCGGGCUCUUCCUCUCUGUCCCACUCGUUCACCCCCUCCUCCCUCCUAUCCCCUCCUCCUCCCUCCCCUCCGCUCUCCUCCUCUCCACUCUCUUCCUCUCCGCCCUCUUCCUCUCUGCCCCACCUUCCCCCUCCUCUCCUCUCCCGGGCUCUCCCUCUCUCUCCCUCCCUCUCCUCCUCCCCCUCCCUCCUCUCCUCUCACUGCCUCUUCCUCUCUGCCUCCCUCACCUCCUCCCCCUCCCUCCUAUCCUCUCACUGCCUCUUCCUCUCUGCAUCUGUUCCAUUAUCCAUCGCACGUGGUUCACUGUCUUGUUUGCAGAUGGCAUACACGUGUAG